AUGGAUCCAAAGGAGAAACAUGGUGAAUUGGUUUGGCUACAACCCAAACAAACCAGCGAGUUUGAGUUACCGUACGCUGGGCGCGUUCUUCGCACGCACGAAGGCCGUACACUCGUGGUCACUGACGAUGGAACAGAGUUAUGGGUUAAGGACGCCGAGAUAAUCAAGGCGAUGCACGUGACGUCACAGAACACGGUGCAGGACAUGAUAACGCUCGGCGAUCUGCAGGAGUACGCGAUACUGCGCAAUCUGAAUGUUCGCUUUCGCCAGAAGCAAAUUUAUACAUACACGGGCAGUAUGCUGGUCGCAAUAAAUCCCUACGAAAUCCUGCCAAUCUACACGAACAACGAGAUUAACCAGUACCGCGAUCGGAAGCUGGGUGAACUGCCACCACAUAUCUUCGCGAUCGGUGACAGCGCGUACCAGGAGAUGAAGCGCGAAAAACGCGACCAAUGUAUCGUUAUUAGCGGUGAGUCUGGGGCCGGAAAAACGGAGAGCACCAAGCUGAUCCUGCAGUAUCUGGCGGCAACGAGCGGAAAGCACUCGUGGAUCGAGCAGCAGAUCAUCGAAUCCAAUCCGAUCCUGGAGGCGUUCGGGAAUGCGAAGACGCGUCGAAAUGACAACUCCUCGCGAUUUGGCAAAUACAUCGAUGUACAUUUCACAAGUGAUGGCGUGAUCGGUGGAGCCCGGAUCGAACAGUACUUGCUGGAAAAGUCUCGCAUCGUGGGACAGAACAAAGGCGAGCGGAAUUAUCACAUUUUCUACUCGAUGCUGGCCGGUAUGACAAAGGAAGAACGCAAGCGGCUGGAUCUGGAGGAUGCACCAAAGUCGUACGCCUACCUGACGAGUGGCCAAACUUUGCUGUGUGAGGGCAGAAAUGAUGCGAAGGAGUUUGCGGAUGUUCGGGCCGCGAUGAAGGUGCUUGCGUUCGAGGAUCAAGAGAUCCAAUCCAUCCUCAGCUUGCUGGCUGCCAUUCUGCACAUGGGUAACAUCAAGUACAAGGCGACUGUCGUGCAGAACAUUGACGCGGUGGAAAUUUCCGACACGCUUAAUGUGGGCCGAGUUGCAGUGUUACUUGGCGUCGCGAAGCCUCUGCUAAUGAGUGCGCUAACACGCAGAACGAUUAUCGCCCACGGAGAGCGCGUGGUUUCGCAUCUCUCCAAGGAUCAAGCGCUUGAGGCCAGGGAUGCGUUCGUGAAAGCGAUCUACGGCAAGCUGUUCAUCAUGAUCGUGGACAAGAUCAACAAAGCGAUCUACAAAUCGUCACCCAAAGGACGGCUCUCGAUCGGAGUGUUGGACAUAUUCGGGUUCGAACAGUUCGAGGUAAACAGCUUCGAGCAGCUGUGUAUCAACUAUGCGAAUGAGAACUUGCAGCAAUUCUUCGUGAAGCACAUAUUCAAGAUGGAGCAAGCCGAGUACGCCAGAGAAGGCAUCAAUUGGACUAACAUUGAGUUUAUCGACAAUCAGGAGGUCCUAGAUAUGAUAGGUAUGAAAUCGUUGAACCUUAUGUCGCUGAUCGACGAAGAAACGCGCUUCCCAAAGGGAACCGACCUGACUAUGCUGUCGAAGCUUCACACGACGCACGGUUCAAAACCGGCAUACGUUAAGCCAAAGUACGACAAGGAUCCAGCUUUUGGUGUGCAGCACUUCGCAGGCCCUGUGUACUAUCGCGUGGAGGGAUUUCUGGAGAAGAACCGCGAUUCGUUCAGUGCCGAUCUGAAGGAACUGGUGACAAAGAGUAGCAAUGAGUAUCUGGUGGCACUAUUCGGAUCCGAUAAUUCAUUAGACACGUCCAAACGCUCAAUAACGCUAUCGCUGCAGUUUCGCAAUUCGCUCGAUUCUUUGAUGCGAACACUUAGCAUGUGCCAUCCGUACUUCAUACGGUGUAUCAAGCCAAAUGAUGUUAAAAAACCUAAUAUCAUUGAUAAGGCACUGUGCGUGAGACAGCUGCGAUAUUCCGGUAUGAUGGAGACGGCCAAAAUCAGAAAAGCGGGAUAUGCGAUUAGGCACACCUACCGCGAAUUUGUUGAUCGCUAUCGCCAUCUCGGUAAUGGCAUUGGCCCAGCGCACAAGGUCGAUUGCGUUCAGGCAACAAAGGACAUAUGCCGGAAGGUGUUGGUCUCCAUACCAGAUGAUUAUCAGUUCGGUAUGACGAAGGUGUUUCUCAAGGAAAGCCACGAUUAUCUGCUCGAAACCGAACGCUCGCGGGUUUACCUUCACUACGUUGUUCUGAUCCAGCGAGCCUUCCGAAGAGUGUUGUUCUGGAGGAUGCUACGUCGCUAUCGGCAGGCGGCAAUAACCAUACAAAAGCAUUGGAGAGCCAGAGGCUAUCGGGCGGAUUUCCUCGCGAUGCGCAACGGUUAUCGGCGGCUGCAGGCCGUGCUUAAGUCGCGAACCCAAACGUACGCUUUUGGACGGUUACGAGAGGCGAUUGUACAACUGCAAGCUCAGUGCCGGGGAUAUUUGACCCGCCGCAACCUGCAAGACAAGAUCACGUACAAGGCACGACGAAUGAAUGAAAUCAUCGCUAUGAAGCGCAACGAAGAGAUGCUGUUCCGGAAAUCAGGCAACUCGCGUUGGCGAGAGGAUUCGGAGCACAAUUACUGGCUGCGCGUGGACGAGCUGAAUCGCGAGCUAGCGUCCCAGGAAGAGUCGCGCAAGGCGGCCAGGAUCCUGCCGCAGCCCAUCAUAAACGCCGAAGAGGACAACAAGAUCGUGGAUGACGUGUUCGGGUUUCUGGAAGGUACUACGAGCCCCGAGCCGGUACCGAAACGGAACCCUUCGCUAGCCGGUGCUGAUCAGGUGGAAAAUAUAAAAGAAGCGCCGGUAGCGGAGGUUCCUUAUCGCGAGGAUUUGUCGGACUAUAACUUUUCCAAAUUUGCGGCCACCUACUUUGCCAACAGUGCGUCUUAUCAGUUCAGCAAGCGUAAGCUCAAAUCGUCCCUGCUAGAUCUCUUCGGCACAGCCGAUAUAAUAUCCGCUCAGGCACUAUGGAUUACCAUCCUUCGGUUCAUGGGAGACAUGGCGGACGCCAAGUACGAGGACGACAGCGACGAAUCGAAGCACAAACCGGUGAUGCAGCGCAUUACCGCCACUUUGGGGCGCAACUUUGCAAAAACGAAGGAUUUCCAGACGUUCCAGGAGACGUUGUCCGAGCAGGAUCGCAAGUUGAUCCACCGCACGCUCAAGAAGAAGUCUAAAAUCCCAAGCGAGCUCAAGUCGCUCAUGGAGAACAACGAGGAGAUCACCGACUAUCAGGAGUUCCUGAACAGCCGCAGCAACAACCUGGACAAGCUGCACUUUAUCAUUGGACAUGGCAUCCUGAACAAAAACCUGCGGGAUGAGAUAUACUGUCAAAUUUGCAAGCAGCUGACCAACAACCCGACGUCCACCUCCCACGCCAAGGGAUGGAUACUGUUGUCGCUCUGCGUCGGGUGUUUCCCGCCAUCGGACCGGUUCGCGAAGUAUCUCCGUUCGUUUAUCCGCGAUGGUCCGGAACUGUACGCGCCGUACUGCGAGCAUCGUCUCGAUCGGACGCUUAAGAAUGGCACUCGGCGCCAGCCACCGUCGCUGUUGGAGCUGCAAGCGACCAAAACGAAAAAGCCCAUCCACGUCGGAGUGAUCCUGAUGGACGGGACGAACCGCACCGUCGAGACGGACUCGGCAACGACGGCCGGUGAGCUGUGCGAGAAGCUGGCUGAUCUCGUGGGACUACAGGAUCGAUUUGGGUUUUCGAUAUUCGUCACCAUGCAGGACAAGGUGCUAUCGCUGCAGAGUGGACGCGAGUUCCUGAUGGACGCCAUAUCGAACUGCGAGCAGUACGCGAAGGAGCAAGGUCUCGGUGAACGUACGGCGGCUUGGAAAAUCUUCUUCCGUAAGGAGCUGUUCGCUCCGUGGCAUGAUCCUGCGAUCGAUCCCGUCGCUACGGGGUUGAUCUAUGCGCAAAUUGUGCGUGGACUUAACCUAGGCGAACUGGUCAGCAAUUCGGAUAAGGAUCUAGCAAUGUUGGCCGCGCUGCAGUACUACGCCGAGUAUGGGAGUGAGCUGAACACCAAAACGUUGCAGGAGCGGUUGAAGGAUUUCAUCCCGAAAAGUGUCCUGCGACCGGAAACAGCUCCACGCUGGGCGCAGAUGGUAGAGACCGCCUUCAGGAAGAGCCGCUGCGUGAAGGAGUUCCUUCAGCGAGGAGCCGCCAAGGAAGACAUCGUGCUGUUCGCCAAGAUCACGUGGGGAAUGAUGUUUUCGCGGUUUUUCGAGGCCGUUCAAUCGAGCGGCCCGUCGCUACCGUCACCGAGCGUAAUCAUCGCGAUCAACUGGUCUGGGUUGUUUUUCGUCGACGAGCAGGAGCAGGUGCUGGUGGAAUUGUCCUACCCUGAGGUGGUCCAUAUAAGCUGCGAGGAAGACGCCGAAUCGGAGGUGGGCACUCUGUAUUUGGGCACGAUUCAGGGAGAAGAGUUUAGCUUCAAAACGUUCGACGCCGGAGUUGUGUCCGAGCUGGUGAACUCCAUCAUAGACGGGUUGAAGAAGAGAAGCAUCUUCGCCGUGGCUGUUCAGCCCUACAAAUCGGACACCUCGGACGACACGGUGCUGACGCUUGUGAAGGGUGACCUCAUCUCGUUGGGACAGGGCUUCACCGGGGAAUCGAUCAUGGCCGAAGACACUACCUGGGGCUACGGAGAGUGCAACGGAAAGGCGGGAUACUUCCCAACGGAGUCAAUCUACAUCCUGCCGACGAUCUUGCCACCUUCGGGUGUGGUGUUAAGUUUCUACAAGAAGGAUAAAGCCCUGAAAGCGAAGAGUCACGCCGGUCCGAUGUAUAACACGAUUCAGCGGAAGAAGAUGCACACACUUCAGCGGUAUGCGGCUGAGCACUUUAGGGCUCCCAUUGCAAUCGUGUCGUCAGCCACAAGCAUCAACAGUGUGCGCAAGUCGACGAUCGAGGAACUGUGGAAGCACACCCGAGAUCCGAUGAAAGCGCCUCUUCUCGAUCGUCUCCAGAAAGAUCGUGCCAAAUUUGACGCCGCAAUGGUGAUUUUCACCUGGAUUCUAAAGUACAUGGGCGAUUUGCCGAAGAGCCGCGAGCAGAUCGAUGUGGGCAAGAUAUUUGGCCCGGCGAUGAACGACGACGUGCUGCGGGAUGAGGUGUACUGUCAGAUUAUGCGGCAGUUGACUGAGAACAAGAUCCAGAUCAGCGAGGAGCGAGGUUGGGAUUUGCUGUGGCUUGCUACCGGCGUGAUGCUCCCCAGCCAAGCGCUGUUGAAGGAGCUGUUUGUGUUUUUGCGCACGCGUAAGCAUCCCAUCGCAGUGGACUGUUUGCAACGGUUGCAGAAGACGGUUAAGGUGGGCUGUCGGAAGUAUCCGCCGUACAUCGUGGAGGUCGAAGCUAUCCGUUACCGUACGGUGGAGAUCUACCACAAGGUGUACUUCCCCGAUGACACGGACGAAGCGUUCCAGAUAGAGUCGUCCACUAAGACGAAGGACCUGAUACAAACGAUUGCCCGCCGGCUGGAGUUAAAGUCAAGCGACGGCUUUAGCCUCUUCAUUAAGGUGAUGGAUAAGGUACUCUCGGUGCCGGAGGAAUACUUUUUGUUUGACUUCAUAUUUGAACUGCUCGAGUGGCUGCGCGACACGCACCCGUCGCGAUCGAACGACAAUCGCAUCCAGUGCGAGUACCAGCUGUUCUUCAUGAAGAAGCUCUGGAUCGGCACGGUGCCGGGGCGCGAUCGUAACGCGGACGACAUAUUCCAUUUCCACCAGGAGGUCCCCAAGCUACUGCAGGGCUACUAUCAGCUCACGAAGGAACAGGCGGUGGAUUUGGCGGCGUACAUAUUUUGGGCGCAGUUCGAGGUCUCGGACCAGGCGCUGCUGAGCAAAACGUUCCCCGAGUUCAUGCCCCUGCUGGUGGCUAAGGAUGUGGAGCGGCUGCAAAAGGCCGACCACUGGCGGCGGGACAUUGUGGCCAGAAUCGAAGCACUCAGCGGCAUAACCGUAGGGGAGGCAAAGCUAGCGUUCUUGAAAAUCGUGCAGCAGUUCCCGAUGUUCGGGUCGACGUUCUUCGUCGCCAAGCAAGCGACCGAUCAGAACCUGCCACCAACGCUGCUGAUAGCCAUCAAUCGGCUCGGGUUCCAUCUGAUCGAUCCACAUUCGAAGGAGGUGUUGAACAGCUACAGUUACACGGAGCUAAGUUUCUGGAGCUCGGGCAACACGUUCUUCCACAUCAAGUUCGGCAACAUGAUGGGAUCAACGAAGCUGCUGCUCGAGACAAAACAGGGAUACAAGAUGGAUGAGCUGCUGGCAUCGUACAUACGUCAGUUUAAGGUGCACGCACAGAGCAACUAGGAUUAGGCAUUAGGUGUACGCAAAUAGUGUAAAAAUUUAUUGGUGCGCUUCG